AUGAUCCCUACUUUCGACAUGCGGCUGCUACUGGCUCUCCUGACCUUCAUCUUCUUCGCGGAGGCGGGUUUCAUCCAGGUCUACAGCCCCUCAGGCCCCAAAGUUCGCCUCAAGGUCCUCUUCCUCGUCGUCGAGCAGCAGCAGCAGCAGCAGCACGUCCAGCUCCAGUUCGACUACCGUCCCGCAAACCACAAGCAGCAGUUCAUCCAGCUCCAGUUCGAGUACUUCCGUAAAGACUACAAGCAGCAGCCCUUCCAGAUCCAGUUCGACUACCGUCCCGCAAACCACAAGCAGCAGUUCAUCCAGCUCCGGCUCGAGUACGGCCCUAACAAGUGCCACCUCUCAAUCGACAUCUUCAGAGGGACCUAG